UUGGAAUGCCCAUAAACUCCGUUGACGUGUCUGUCAAAUAUCUUCAUUGUCGGCGUUCGAAUCAGAGGUUCUCAUUUCGGUAUCCUUUAUUGCUUUACGAAAUUAAUUAGAAUUAAAUUUUGUAAAAUAAGUACUGCAAUGUAUUACUUGGCAUUUAUAUGCGCCACGAUAGUGCUAUCAUGGAGCUCUACAAUAAUGGGGGACCGCAGUGUUACGGGUUAUCUUGAAGAAAAAGACCUAAACCGUUUGCGAGAAGUUUUCGCGGAUGCCAUUAGUUCCAAUGAUUUACAAGCGAUUUAUUAUUCAACGCUAAAUAUCAAGAUUGACGAUGAAAAUUAUUCGGCGGAAUUAUGCUCAAGUUUGAAGGCCCUUCAUGAAGCGUCCAAGUUAAAUGGUUAUGAAAAGGAUUUUUAUUAUAUUGGCUCUAGUAAAAAUCUUGUAUGUAAAAACAAAUUACCCGAGGCUUUAUUAGGAAGCGUUUAUGCUGUAUUCAAUACUGAGCUUAGUUCAUCCCAAGAAAUCUAUUACAGAGUUCUUACCCAUAAACUGCUGGGCGUUCAAAUUAAUGAACUAACUACUACUAAGAUUGCAAAGACUCUACAAGGCUUGUUAAAGAAAGACGACUCCAUAACUAGCUUGGGAUAUGCUUUCAAUGUUGCAGGGGAAUUAGGUACUGCUGCAUCAUUUGUUGCCGAUCGUGUAGAAGAUGCAGUUGUACAAGCAGAUGAAGUUGAUGGAAAGAUGUUGCAAUUUGAAGGAGGUCUUAGUAUAACUGCAUUAGUUGUGAAUGGAAUAUUCCGAGUAACUGAUAUUUUCAAAAAGCCCACUCCACUAAAUCCGGUACAAGCUGUUAAAUUUGCUUCUUAUUUUCUUAACCGGCGUUCAGUUCAAUCAGCAAAAGGUGCGCAUGUACUAAUUGAAGCUUUGAAGACAUUGAGUGGAGCGGGAAAUAGCGCUCCUAUCUGCAUUCAACUAAUAGGAAAUGGCCAACUGCAAGCAGAUGAUCCUGUGCUCAAUGUUGUUGUCGUUGAUUUGUUGGGAAAACCUGUAACACCCUCACCGAAAACAGUUUACGGGAAAAUUAUUUUAAAAAAAGAUAAUGCUGUACUUGCCGAAAAAGUUCAGUUAAUAUCGAAAUCAUCAGACAAAACCGUAUAUAAUGCGCAACUUUCUACCUACAAGCCGUCGCGGGGAGUAUAUUUUGCAGAAAUCAACGUAGAUAAUACAUUUACGCAAAAAUUGCAAUUCAAAGUACUCGGCCGUGUGAAAGUGCAUUCACUGGAAGUUGGUGUGACUGAUUCGGACUCUAGUUCAACUGUCAAAAAGCAAAGUAUUAUUUAUCCUCAAACUCUUAAGGGAACGUUAAAGGCAGAUGGUACACAAAAGCUUUUACUGAAAUCUGUGCUCAUUGAUGAAAGCACAACGAAGGUCAUAACAGUUCAGCAGGCCUUCGUACGUCUAUCUAAUGUGCAAUCGAAUGAAGAAAUAAUUUUCGUCGCUGAACAAGAUAGUAAUAAAGCUUACAAAUUUGAUAUGGAUGUAGGAUUACAUGGAGCUGAUUUUAGAUACAAAUCGGGUAUAUAUGAAUUACAUUUGAUUAUCGGUGACGCCUCUGUUUCGAAUUCAUUCCAAUGGCAUGUGGCGAAUGUUGAACUUAAAUUCGCUCAUGAACCAGAUACGUCGAAAAAGCAACCAAUCCGUAGUACGCUCCCAGAAAUUGAGCAUAUGUUCCGCCCGCCGGAAAAGCGACCACCACGAUUUGUUUCGGAUGUUUUUACUGGUUUGUGCUUAACUCCAUUGGUAUUAUUAUUAAUUUUCUGGAGCAAGUUGGGAAUUAACUUCUCAAACUUUACAUUUGCGCCUAGUACAAUAGGCUUUCACUUGGGAUUCGGCGGUAUAUUGGCAUUGUUUGGGGUAUUUUGGUUAUAUUUAAAUAUGUUCCAAACUCUCCGUUUACUUAUCCCCAUCGCAAUAUUCACUUUUAUCUGCGGCAAUCGUCUUUUACGUCACCUCCACGCACAGCGUGUAGGGAAGUCUUCAGUUUCUUUAUCCAGCGCUGCAUCCACGUGAACAGUAGGAAAGCAGAUCAUUAAUUCGGAAUUUUUAAACUAUGUCAGCAAGACAAAUAUAAAAUAAAAAAACUUAGGUCACAGAAAACAGUUCGGACCACUUAUGCAAAUUCUUGCAUUUAUUUUGUCAUUAUAAAUAAAGAUAAUACAUAAUACAAAAUAAAAA